AUGGCGACUCCCGGCUUUGUGACUCCGGAGGCCCCCUUUGAAUCAUUGAAGCCUCCCAUCUUUGAGGGGUUUAGCGCCACUGUUUACAGCAAUCCAGAGGGUUUCAAGGAAAACUUCCUUCGCAAGACCUGCAAGAACCCGGUGGUACCCAUAGGUUGCCUGUGCACGGCAGCCGUCCUCACCAGCAGCCUCUACUGCUUCCACCAGGGCAACAGCCAGUGUUCACAGCUCAUGAUGCACACCCACGCCGCCCAGGCCUUCACCAUCGCAGCCAUCAUGCUGGGUCUAGCUGCCACCUCUAUAAAGUCUCCACCCUGA